AGCCCGACGCAACUGCGACGCAGCAGAGCAAACUCGUUUCGCUUUUCGUUUCACAAAUUUUUAUAUAACUUUCGGAGCGACAGGGCCGACACAUAAACAAAAAAAAAACAAAUCUUAGCUUGUGCAAUUAGUAUCUUCUCCCAACUGCAACGCGGCCUGCAGCUCCAAAUUCAUCGUUUUCGAAAUCAAGGCUGUCCAGGCAGAGUAAACAAACAACAGCAACAACAACAACAGCGAACAACCUGUAAGACCUUGAGGGGAUUUUCGGAUUUAUAUUGCGCGACACUGACAAUCUAAUCUAAAUUAUUGUCAGGUGCGCGUCUGAUUAAUAUUCCGGGUUAGAUAUUUUCAAUUAGCAGUCGGUAGCAUCAUGUCGAUCAGGCGAACCAUGUCCACAGCAUCCUCCAAAGAGUGGCGGGAUUACUUCUUGAGCACCCACUUCUGGGGACCGGUGGCCAACUGGGGUAUUCCGAUCGCUGCUCUUGCCGACACACAGAAGAGUCCCAAGUUCAUCUCCGGCAAAAUGACACUGGCUCUGACCCUCUACUCGUGCAUCUUCAUGCGAUUCGCCUACAAGGUGCAGCCCCGUAACUGGCUGCUCUUCGCCUGCCACGCCACCAAUGCCACCGCCCAAUCGAUCCAGGGAAUGCGCUUCCUCCACUACAAUUACGGAUCCAAGGAGCAGGAGGCGUAAGUUAUUCGCUGUUUUGAAGCCCACUACCCCGAGAACGACGCGCGAUGCCACUUCAAAUGUUUACCGAACAGCAGCAGCUAGCGCAAUUUACUGCCACCACACGCAACAAUCCUCUAGCAAAUUGCACUGCCCCCGUAAAUUCAAAAGCAAGUGGUAAGGUAAUUGCCGUGAAUGACACCCGCACAAUUGGCUGAAUCUCGAAUCGCGAAGUUGUCGUGUCCCUGUCGUCGUUUUUUCUGGGGUCAUAAUCCCAAUUCCAAUUGAGUCUAUUCGAAACCUGUUGCUUUGCUUAUUUAGUUAAUUCCGUUUGGCAAUUGAACAAAAUUUUAAGUUGGUGCAAUUCUUAGUUUACGAUCAUAGAGUACGUUUACAAAAAUAUGAUUUAAAGUGUAAUAAAUGACAGAAAAAUCGAAUUUUGUCUGUAAUCUGUGACCGCAUCUGGCUGUAAUAAAAAUUGUACAUUGAAUUCUA